AUGGUGGCCAGCCUGUGGAAGCUGGUGCGGGGCGUCAGGCAACUGGAGCUCCAUCGCCUCAUCCUGGCGCUCAUCGUCUUCUGCCUCCUCUCCAUGGCCUUCUUGGCUUACUACGUCAGCAACAGCCCCAAGAUCAAGGAGGCACCCCCGCUGCCCUUCAGUGACUGCGGGGGGGUGCCGGUGGCUGUGGGAGGGGGGCAGCGGGCGCCCCUCUUCUUGCCUCGCUCAGGUCGACUGCGCCAGGUGAAGGCCAUGGACAACUCUCGUACAGAUCCGGUGGUGCUGGUGUUUGUAGAGAGCAUCUACUCUCAGCUUGGCCAGGAGAUCGUGGCCAUCCUGGAGUCCAGCCGCUUCCGCUACCGCACCGAGAUCGCCCCGGGGAAGGGAGACAUGCCCACGCUGACUGAGCGCAACCGUGGCCGAUACGCCCUCGUUAUCUAUGAGAACUUGCUGAAGUACGUCAACCUGGACGCCUGGAACCGCGAUCUGCUGGACAAGUACUGCGUGGAGUACAGUGUAGGCAUCAUCGGCUUCUUCAAGGCCAACGAGAACUCGCUGCUCAGCGCCCAACUCAAGGGCUUCCCUCUCUUUCUGCACUCCCACCUGGGCCUGAGGGACUACCGAAUCAACCCCAAUGCCCCUCUGCUUUACAUCACCAGACCUAAUGAGGUGGAGCAGGGCCCCCUGCCCGGGGACGACUGGACUGUGUUCCAGUCCAACCACUCCACCUACGAGCCUGUCCUCCUGGCCAGCACCAAGUCCUCUGACGCCCUGACCCACCUGGGGCCACUCAGGGCUAUGCACUCCACCGUGGUCCAGGACCUGGGGCUUCACGACGGCAUCCAGAGGGUCUUGUUUGGAAAUAACCUGUCCUACUGGUUGCACAAGCUGGUGUUUGUGGACGCCAUCGCCUACCUGACGGGCAAGCGGCUCUGCCUCUCGCUGGAGCGUCACCUGCUGGUGGACGUGGACGACAUCUUCGUGGGCAAGGAGGGCACCCGCAUGAAGGUGACCGACGUAGAGGCCUUGCUCAAAACGCAAAACAAGCUGCGAAUGCUGGUCCCCAAUUUUACCUUCAACCUCGGCUUCUCUGGAAAGUUCUAUCACACAGGCACAGACGAGGAGGACCGGGGAGAUGACAUGCUGCUAAGACACAGGAAGGAGUUCUGGUGGUUCCCCCACAUGUGGAGUCACAUGCAGCCCCACCUGUUCCACAACGUCAGCGUGCUGGCUGAGCAAAUGAGGCUCAACAUGCUGUUUGCCCAGGAGCAUGGGAUUCCUACAGACAUGGGAUAUGCUGUGGCCCCCCAUCACUCGGGAGUCUACCCUGUCCACAGCCAGCUGUAUGAGGCCUGGAAGUCAGUGUGGGGCAUCAAGGUGACCAGCACAGAGGAGUAUCCUCACCUCAGACCAGCCCGCUACCGCAGGGGCUUCAUCCACAAUGGCAUCCAGGUGUUACCCAGACAGACAUGUGGCCUCUUCACUCACACCAUUUUCUAUAACGAGUACCCAGGAGGCUCUAAAGAGCUGGACAAGAGCAUCAGGGGAGGAGAGCUGUUCCUCACCGUCCUCCUCAACCCUAUCAGCAUCUUCAUGACCCACCUGUCUAACUAUGGAAAUGACCGGCUGGGCCUGUACACCUUUGAGUCCCUGGUGAAGUUUGUUCAGUGUUGGACCAACUUGCGGCUUCAGACACUCCCCCCCAUGCAGCUGGCUGACAAAUACUUCCAGAUCUUCCCCGAGGAGAGAGACCCCCUCUGGCAGAACCCAUGUCAUGACAAGAGACAUAAAGACAUCUGGUCAAAAGAAAAGACCUGCGAUAGACUACCGAGGUUCCUGGUCAUAGGCCCACAGAAAACAGGCACCACAGCCCUGCACUCCUUCCUGAGCCUCCACCCUGCCAUCACCAGUAGCUUCCCCAGUCUUGUCACCUUUGAGGAGAUCCAGUUCUUUAGCGGCCCCAACUACAACAACGGCAUUGACUGGUACAUGGACUUCUUCCCCUUCCCAUCGAAUGUCAGUACAGACUUCAUGUUUGAGAAAAGUGCUAACUACUUUGACACGGAGGUAGCCCCUAAGAGAGCGGCCGCCCUGCUGUCCCGAGCCAAGAUCCUGGCUGUGCUCAUCAACCCAGCGGACCGUGCCUACUCCUGGUACCAGCACCAGCGGGCUCACCAGGACCCGAUGACCGUUAACCACACGUUCCAGGAGGUGGUGACAGCGAGGCCUGCCUCUCCCCGAGAGCUGCUCAUCCUGCAGAGGCGCUGCCUUAAACCUGGGGCCUAUGCCACACACCUGGAGCGCUGGUUACACCACUACCAGCCCAGCCAGGUCCACAUAGUGGAUGGGUCCCAGCUGCGAUCCAACCCUGCCCUGGUCAUGGAGGGCAUCCAGAGGUUCCUGGGGGUCACACCCAUCUUCAACUACACCCAGGCUCUGACGUAUGAUGAAAGUAAAGGGUUCUGGUGCCAGAGGGUGGAAGGAGCACGACCCAAGUGUUUGGGCAAGAGUAAAGGCAGGAAAUACUCUGACAUGACUCCUGAGUCGCGUGCCUUCCUGACGGAGCAUUACCGGGAGCACAACAUGGAGCUGCUGAGGCUGCUGAACCGGCUGGGCCAGCCCCUGCCCGCCUGGCUGAGAGAGGAGCUGCAGAGCUCCAGCUGGAGCUGAGACUGGACCUCCCUACGGAACCACAGCCACAGCCUGGGACUGGAGCACUGCCCUGCCUGGCCUGGCCCGGGGUAAGAGGGCCCUGUUUACCCACACCCAACACCAGUCACUACAGAGAGUGGAAGAGGAGAGAAGGCGGGAGGACAGCCCCCUAUCAGGACAAUGGACUCCUCCACCCUGAAAUGCCACUGUAGAAACCAAUCCUCACGGGAGGGGAAUAAUGGCCUCUAAAUAAGGGAGUUAAUGAGUUGGACUGCUGAACCAACCCCUCCCUCUUUCCCCUCGCAGUCAUCAUCUUCAUCCAGAAAGUAGAGGACUUGUCUCAGCCUGCAGCCGGUUGGACUGACUGACGCCAGGGUCUGGCAGACUGAGAGGGGAUGGGGGGGUCUAAUGUCAUGUUACCCCCCUUUUUAACAGGAACUGAUAUCUUGUGGCCCUGGAGUGCAUGAAUAAACCCGGCACCAUGCGUGAGGUCACAAGCUCACACACACACUUCUCAUUUCUUCAGAAGAAUGAAUGUAAAAUGUUGUAAAUUUGAAAGCUGUUGUAUAUUGUUGGUGGGGGAUGGGUGGGAAAUGUGACAGAAUAGACAUGAACUAAACAAGACAGCAAACUCUAGUGCUAUGGACAAAGACGUGUGCCAUAGGAUGGAUGUAGUGCAUCACAGGCCACGGCUCCAACAGACUGUGCAUUCCACUACCCCAAAGCUGAGGCCUUUGGAGUACAUUCUGAUAAACAAACGGUCUAAUAGGCCCCACAAGUCUACAGAGAAACCCACACACUUUAACCAUGCACGUUCUCCCUCACUCUCACGUAGGUACCCAGUCAGUUUAGAGCUGUGUAGAAACAGAGCAAGUUAGAGAGAAGAGGAUGAGCUAGAGAGAGAGGUUCUAGGUCUCUCUGCUUGUGAGUGUCUGUCGUAACAGGAGCUGCUGUUUUGUUUUCUGUUUAUUUUGCCAAAACUACAAAACAAAGACCAACGCUGUAUCAUCUCUAAUAAACUCAGAGGUUGGAAUG